AUGGGGGACUUGGUUUUUCUCAGGGUCUCGGCAUGGAAAAAGGUUCUGAGGUUCGGCCGCAAGGGCAAGCUGGGCCCUCAGUUUAUUGGAGCUUACUACAUUUUAAAAUGUGUGGGACCUGUUGCUUAUCAGUUGGAGUUACCUCCGGAGUUGGACUGCAUUCAUGAUGUUUUUCACGUCUUGAAGUUGAGGCGCUACCGCUCUGAUCCCACACAUCUUGUUUCUAUUGAGGAGAUUGAGGUUAGGCCAGACUUGACCUUCGAGGAGGUGCUGGUUCAGAUUUUGGAGUGUGAUGUAAAGGUCCUUCGGAAAAAGUCUAUUCCCUUAGUAAAGGUUCUGUGGCAUAAUCGUAGCACUGAGGAGGCCACGUGCGAGCCUAAGGAUGUGAUGCGUUAG